CAAAGCUUUUCGCCCCCUAUAAGAAUCGCAGGGUGCAUCUUUGUGAAAAGUCUUUCUAAGCAAUUUCCAUUACACAGUGUCACAGUCUGAGCUGAGUAGAUGUCGCUGGAAAACAUGUCCAACGCGGCUGUUCACGUGGCUCUCUUCCCUAACGCCGGCAUGGGUCAUUUAACUCCAUUUCUGAGACUCGCCGCGCUACUCGUGGAUCGCCAUUGCCGAGUCACUGUCAUUUCUCCUCAGCCCACAGUUUCUAUGGCCGAAUCCAAGCAUCUCUCUCGCUUUCACUCUGCUUUUCCUCAGGUCUCUCUUCUUCCCUUUCAUCUCCUUCCUUUAGAUGCUUCCACUGCAAACUCCGACGACCCUUUUUUUCUCCAGUUUGAAGCAAUCCGUCGCUCUUGCUGCCUUCUUCCUUCUCUGCUCGCUUCGGCUUCUCCUCCUCUCUCUGCUUUUGUCUGCGAUGUGACAUUGAUUUCCCCUGUUCUUCCAAUUACAGAGAGCCUUCGUCUUCCCAUUUUCAUCCUCUUUACUUCUUCAGCUAGGAUGUUAUCUCUCUUCUCAUCCGUAUCCAGAUUCAUUCCAUCCAUUUCUGAAAUGGAUUCUGUUGAAAUUCCAGGAGUUUCAACCAUACCCAGAUCGUGUAUCCCUCCUCUGCUUCUUCUUCCCAACAAUGUCUUCGCCAAGAUAUUAUUAGAAGACGGUCCCAAGCUCCCAAAGUCAUGUGGAAUCUUGGUUAACUCAUUCGAAGCACUAGAACUGAAUCCUCUUGAAUCCCUAAACAGCGGAAAAGUGGUCAAAGAAUUGCCCCCCGUGUUCCCAAUAGGUCCUUUCGUGCCUUGUGAGUUCGAGAAGAGUGAAAAUGAAGAACAGAGGAAUUCUUCACCAUUGAAGUGGCUAAACGAUCAGUCUCCUGGGUCCGUCGUGUACGUAAGCUUCGGAAGCAGGUUAGGCAUGGCAAGAGAACAGGUAAGAGAAAUCGGAAACGGGUUGAUGAAAAGCGGGUUUAAAUUUCUGUGGGUAGUGAAAGAUAAGAAGGUAGACAGAGAAGAAGAAGACGAUGUAGAGAAAGUCAUUGGGGUGGAGCUGAUGAAGAGAUUAAAGUCAAAUGGUUUGGUAGUGAAUGAAUGGGUUGAUCAAAGUGAUAUUCUGAGUCACAGUUCAGUGGGAGGUUUCGUGAGCCAUUGCGGAUGGAACUCGGUGAUGGAAGCAGCGUGGCACGGCGUGCCGAUUCUGGGUUGGCCACAGAUCGGAGACCAGAAGUUGAACGCAGAGGUGGUGGAGAAGACUGGGUGGGGCAUAUGGAGGAAGACGUGGGGUUGGGCGGGAGAAAAUGUGGUGAGAGGAGAAGAGAUCGGAGACGCCAUUGAUGAGAUGAUGAAGAAUGAAGGUUUGAAGAUGAAAGCAGAGAAGGUGAAAGAAACGGCGAGGAAGGCCGUUGAUGGUGGAGGGAGCUCUGAGAUUUCUGUCCAGAGACUGAUCGGUGAGUGGAAGAAGAUGAACGAUUCGUGUUAGGAAAUUCAAUGGCUUGCUUCGGUUGAAUUAGUUCCUAUUGGUGGCGCUUAUUACUACUCAAUGGUUACUUUGGACCAAAGAUUAGAUAAAAUCUAAACUCUGCAAGGAGAUGCAUGUGCGUAAGGCAAUAAGUUUUGUUUUUGUUUAAAAGUCCUGCGUCUUCGAUUUCGAUUUACUCAUUGGCUCAGCGUUGCUUUUUGGAUCGAGUCAGAUGCCAUGCAUCAAUGUUUUGAAACCUGCAUUAGAGGUUGAGCUGAGGUCGUGUU